UAAGAGAGGGGGGAGUGGUUGGAAAGUUAGCGACACAGUUGGAGCGCUGCAUUGUAUUUAGCGCGGUUCGAGAAAAUGGAUAUCAAGAAGGUUUUGGUGGCAGAUGCCGUGGAUGUAGCGUGCACGGACCUUUUGAAAAAACACGGUAUCCAAGUCGACUGCAAAUACAAGCUGCCCAAAGAUCAACUCAUCCAGGAAAUACCGAAUUAUGAUGGUUUGAUUGUAAGGUCUGACACUAAAGUUACAGCUGACGUCAUAGCUGCAGCCAAAAAUUUGAAAGUAAUUGGCAGGGCUGGCGCUGGAGUCGACACCAUCGAUGUAGCUGCAGCUACAGAAAAAAAUGUCCUGGUACUCAAUACUCCUGGGGGUAACGCUAUUAGUGCUUGCGAGCUGACAUGCGCACUUAUCACAAACAUGGCCAGAAAUGUGGCGCCAGCUGCAGAAUCAUUGAAAGCUGGAAGAUGGGACAGGAAGUUGUAUUCUGGACAUGAACUGUACGGAAAAACUUUGGCCAUUUUGGGAUUGGGGAGGAUCGGGAAGGAGGUCGCUAUCAGAAUGCAAUCUUGGGGAAUGAAGACCAUUGGUUUUGAUCCAAUCAUAAGUGUGGAAGCAGCAAAAGAAUUUAACGUUGAAUCUCUACCUUUGGAAAAAAUUUGGCCUCAAGCUGAUUACAUAACAGUACACACACCUUUAAUCCCUCAAACUAGAAAUUUAAUAAACGCAAAAGUAUUAGCCUCGUGCAAAAAAGGCGUGCGCAUCGUCAACGUUGCCAGAGGCGGCAUUAUCAACGAGGCCGACUUGCUGGAAGCCCUCAAGUCCGGUCAAUGCGGCGGCGCCGCAUUGGACGUGUUCGAGCAGGAACCGCCCACCGCGGCGGUGACCUUGGAAAUCAUCAAGCACCCCAAGGUGGUGGCAACGCCGCAUCUGGGCGCUAGCACCACCGAGGCGCAAAUCAGAGUCGCCGUCGAGAUUUCCGAGCAGUUUAUUGCGUUGACUGGAAAGAGCAAGGAGUUCACCUCAACGCCCGGAGUUGUUAAUAUGGAUGUUAUGAAAAAUUUGAAGAAGUAAAUUAGGCUGUUUUGUCACAAAUAAAUUUUAUUAUUUUCUGUA